AUGAUCCAUCUCUACCGAGGCGACCCUUCCAAGCGAUUCAUUGACCCGGCGGCGGCGGUGCGAUCCGCGCUGGCGGAGGCGCUGGUGCACUACUACCCGCUGGCCGGCCGGCUGCGCGCGGAGGCCGGCCGGAAGCUGGUUGUGGACUGCGCCGGGCAGGGCAUCGUGUUCGCGGAGGCGGACGCCGACAUCGCCGUCGACGAUCUCGGUGACGUGCGGUACCCGCCGUUCCCGCGCUCCGAGAAGUUCACCUACGACGAUCACGUCUACAGGGCGCCCCCGGCCGGCGUGCCGCUAUCCCUGCCGGCAAUCAUCGACCAGCCCUUGAUGUUUGUCCAGGUGACACGGCUCAAGUGCGGAGGCUUCACCGUGUCCCAGCAGAACGCUCACUGCAUCUGCGACGGCCCCGGCCUGGCGCAGUUCUGGAAGGCAGUCGGCGAGCUCGCCCGCGGCGCCGGCACGCCGUCCGUGCCGCCCGUCUGGGCCAGGGAGAUCUUCAACGCGCGGCAGCCACCGCGCCCUUCCUUCGCUCAUCACGAGUACAGGGAGCCAGCAGACGGGCGCGACCGGUUCGAGUCCACGCCACCGGACGCCAUGGCGCGCGUCCAGUUCUCCUUCGGGCCUGACGCGAUCGCCGCGCUGCGCGGCCGGCUCGCGCCGGGAGCGGCAUGGGCGUCCCAGUUGGACCUGGUAGUGGCCUGCGUGUGGCGGAGCCGCACGGCGGCGCUUGCCUACGCGCCCGGGGACGAGGUGCGGCUGAGGAUGCCGGUGAACGCGCGCGGCCGGCGCUGUUAG